AUGAGUAAAUCUCCUGGAUCACCUAUUAAAACUUCUGACGAAAAAUUAGGUCGAUUUUCUUUCGUACGUGGCUACCACACUCCUCCUCAACAGUCUAGAACUACAACUCAAGAUCAAAUAAAAAAUGUUCCAUCUGGUUCAUCAGCAACAAAGUCAAAAUGUUCUGUUUCACGAUGUAUUGGUCUCGAAUUGCUAAUUUUAUUACUUCUUCUUGUGUUGGCAGCUCUCAUCAUUCCAAUUGUUGUAAUAAUAUUAGAUACUCGAUCUUCACCAUGUUCAACAACAUAUUCUCAAACUUUUACAAGUGGUGUCACUGCAACAACUCAAUGCACAGCUUGGCAAGUAUUCACAACUGGUUUGACUUGUUCAAGUUAUUCACUAAUGCAAAUGUAUGGUUCUAAUGAUCCGGUAGGCAUAACAGUAGAUAGUUCAUCUGUUGCUACGGCUCUGGCGUAUGCUCUACGCUAUAAUGCUACGUUUGGUAUUAGUUAUAACGGAAUUACAUGGAAGAUUGGUUCAUGUACUUGUUGUGGUGGUAGUAGUUAUGAGAUAACUGCAACAGGAAUUCUUUGUUCUAAUCCAAGUGGCUACACGAUGAGGCCAUGCUAUGGUAGUGGUUCGUGUUGGGGUGGUAUCAAUAGUGCGACAUGUGGUGCGGCAACACAAACAAUGUCUCUUCAUUUCGAAUGA